AUGGCAACACGAGAGUUUCUCCAGCAGCUCAUCUCAAACCCUGACAGACUAAACGAUUUAGUGGAGGAUGCAAAAGAGACUGCUUUUCAACAUGGGGUUGUAAUGCGGACACAAGAGACCCCCAAUUCAUCAGAGGUCGUAACCUACGCUCCGUUCACACUCUUCCCCACUCCUGUGCCCAAAGCUGCCCUCCUCCAAGCUCUGGCAGUGCAAACUCACUUCAAUACUCUGGUGGACAAGAUCAGCCGGGACCCAGACUUUCUGGAAGAGGCUCUUGCAAGUACAAUCCAGGCAGAUGACUUUGCAGAAAAGUUAUUAAGCAUAUACAGACAAGUGCAGCAGGAAGGACGGACACAGUCCAUUGUGUUGGGUAUGAACCGGUCUGACUAUAUGGUGGACCAGAAGGAAGAUGGAACACCUUCCCUGAAGCAAGUAGAGAUCAACACUAUUGCUUCUGGUGGUUUUGGAGUGCCUGACCAUCUGCCUAUGGUGCACAGGCAUGUACUGCAGUCAGUCGGUCUUGUGGAAGAGAGCAAGUGUAUCCAGGAUACCAACAGGACUGCUGCAAUGAGUGCUGCUCUUGCCAAAGCCUGGGAGCUCUAUGGCCAACAGAAGGCAGUAAUUAUGUUUCUGGUUGAGGAAUUCCAGAUUACCAAAUUCAAUCAUCGUUGCAUUGAGAAAGAGCUUUGGAAAAGGAAUAUUCCUUUUAUCCGCAGGAGGUUUGAGGAGGUGUCCAGAGGAGGAUCUCUUGAUGGUGACAAAAAACUAUUUGUAGAGGGGUUGGAGGUAGCUGUUGUGUACUACCGCUUUGGCUACAUGCCAAACAACUACACUGAACAGAGUUGGGAGACCCGUCUUCUGAUGGAGCGUUCUCUGGCUGUGAAAUGUCCGGAUGUCGGCACUCAACUGGCUGGAACCAAAAAGGUCCAGCAGGUGGUCGCCAGACCUGGAGUUCUGGAGAAGUUCUUCCCCGACCAGCCCAACGUGGUAGAGCAGAUAAGAGCGACUUUCGCUGGCCUCUACAGUCUAGACAUGGGUCCAGAAGGAGACCGGACAGUGGCCAUGGCUUUGGCGGACCCGGAAAAGUUUGUCCUGAAGCCUCAGAGAGAAGGAGGAGGGAACAAUUAUUUUGGAGAUGAUAUUAUCAGAGUACUGCAGGAGGUUAAAACUGAUAAAAGGAGAGCUGCUUAUAUUCUAAUGGACAGGAUCCGACCCAGAACAGAGCCAAACAUCCUGCUGAGGAAACAGCUUCCAAUCACACUCGCCUCUGUUUGUUAUGAAAUCGGGGCUUUCGGAGCCUAUGUGAGGCAAGGUGGAGAAAUGGUUCUCAAUGAGGUUUGCGGCUACACUUUGAGGACUAAGAACAUUGAAAACAAUGAUGGGGGGGUAAUUGCAGGAGUGACUGUGUAUGACAGUGCAUUUGUCAUCUGAGCAGUCCCUGACUCGUGUGAUUCACAAGGCCUCAAAACGAGCUGUGGAGCACCAUCAACCCGAAGGCGGGAAACACAAAGUGAAACAAAUUCACAGAAUUUAGUUUUAUG